CGGGUAACAUAACUAUAGUCACGUGGGCGGUACGUCAGCCGCCGUUCAGGCAACUGUCAUUUUAUAAUUUUCUGUACGCAGAAAAUAGGUGGCAAAAUUUUCUAAAUGUCGAAAAAACAAGGUGGUGAUCGUCGUUGAACCGUAACAAUUAAAAAAUCAACAUAAAUCAGAAUGGCGCACACCUCUCGUGGAUAUGGAUCAACUGAUCAACGCUCUGAUAUUCCAGACGUAGGAUUCAGUCCCACCGAACUCUACAGUCUGAGCGAGAACAUAACAACUAAUAUUUACACAAUCAACUCGAGCUGGCGUACCUUGGAUCGCGCCUUUAAAACUAUUGGAACUAAUAAGGACUCCCAGGGUCUUCGAGACAAAGUGCACGUGACUCAACACAGCACUAAUCAAGUAGUGACUCAAACAAGCAAGGACAUUGCACGACUUACUGUGUUGAUGAGGCGAGGAGAUAAAGAGCAAAAACUUCAGAUUGAAAAAUUGACAACUGACUUCAAAGAGGCAUUUCUUAGAUAUUCAGAUAUGCAGAAGGCUUUUGCUGAGAAAAUGAAAAGAUAUUUAUUGGUAUCUAGCAACAAUUCAGAGAAUCAGUCUGCUGAUGGAAGUCAAGACACAGACACACUAGUUCAGAUUCAAGAGGAUAAUGAGCGCAGAGAGGUUCAGAGAUCGUUGGAGUUUGAUCAGGGAUUGCUUCUAGAACGCGAGGAGAGGAUCAGGCGAAUUGAAGGUGAUAUCUUGGAUGCUAAUCAAAUCAUGCGCGAGUUGGGAGCCCUUGUCAACCAACAGGCGGAUUCGAUCAAUACUAUAGAGAACAGCAUAGAAAAUGUUCAUGGAAAUGUCGAAUUGGGGGCUCAAGAAUUGGUCAAAGCCAAUAGCUAUCAGUCAAAGUUCCGUCGGAAAGUUUGCUUCCUAUUGUUACUUGCCGUUAUUGCUGUCGUCAUACUAACCAUUAUUCUAGUCACUAAACUAAGUUAGCGUUUCAAAUAUUCGUAGGCAUUAUAUUCGGUCGAAUGGUUGUCUCAAUCUGUUGAUAUAGGGGGCUUUCAGGUUUCAGAUGAUGUUGUUCUGAUAUAAUUUUGUCGCUUUGUAAUAAAAACAAAUGCAAUAAGUGGAGAGAUUUGAGACUUGCUUUGUGAAUUUUGUUUCCAGAAACAAUAUAUUAUUUGUACUAAUUUUUCGUAAAAUAAACUUCAAGUUUCAAGGUCACAACGUAGUACACGGCAUAAUUCAUAGAACUUGAAGUGACAAACGUUAUUCUCUUUUGCAGACUGAAGCUAAAUAUAUAAAAACCAAUGCUUAAUCUUAUGAAGUGUCAUUCAGAUUUGUUUGUUAUUACACCCAAUUUAUCCUAGGCUGUAAGUGUAAAAAUUGACAAUAGCCCUUCAACUGCCUGAAAUGUGGCAAUUACUGGGUUUUUGAACGGCAAUUCCGCCACGAUAUGCUCAUAAAAAGUAAACAUUACUUAGUAAUCUCUGUAUUCUUGUGGCCCACAGGAAAGUUCUACAAAUAGCAAGUUGGCGAACAUAUAGUGCCGGAACUCAGUGUUUCAUGUAUUAGUCGUCUUGUCUGUUAGAAAUCAUUUAUUUUGCUUAACUUGAUUCUCUUGAGCGUCUAGAAUACAUAGGGCCUGCUACCUUGCCGUUUUAAAAUUUGCGAUAGCUCUGGUAACUCAGAAUUUAAUUCCAUACCCCGAAAUCAUGAUAUUUUGUCUUGCUCCAUGUUAGAAUUUCUGAUGAUGAAUUGAAACACUCGACGUUAGAAGUAAUCUAUGAUUUUUUUUUAAUUGUUGAAUACGUAAAUAUUUGAUCUUUGUAACCACAGAUCACCUAGAAAAAUAAUUGUUUCAGCUGUAACAUUCUUUCAAAAAAUUAUUGUAAUUGAUCAUGAAAUGUCCAUAAACAAGUAAUGCGUUUUUAUAUCGGAAAUCUUGAUCCUAUUAUACACAAUCUAAUAACUUACCGAGCUAUGUGGCUUUCAAAUUGACUCAAAUUCGUAAGAAUCAAAUCAGAAAAUGUUUCAGUGGUUGUUAUUAAUAGCAAAAAUUUUUCAGAUGAAAAUUUUGAAUCCUUGUGGUAUAGAAAUUAGUUGGUAUUCGUAUCGUGGAAUCAGCGAAGCAAACUAAUUUAACGUGUAUUGCUGAAAUUUUUCGUUGGCAUAACAUGCUGAUAUCUCUUCGUUUUUAACAAACGCUUAUCUUAGAAGGUGUCACAUUCAUGAAUGGGUCAUUCACUACAGAUUGAGGCAACCUUUUUAUCAAAGCCUGAACCACUCUUAUGUAAUAAACAAUAAAUGUAGGCAUUCCACAUCCUGAGAGAUCCCGAGCACUAUCAUUACCAUUUCUUACCACAACUGUAUAUACGGCUAUUAUUAGAACUAUUAAUUAUUAUAACAAUACGUUACUGAUUUUAGUCAAAUGUUAAUCUGUACUCUUAAUAUGAAACACGAAAAUGUAAUUAUUCUAUUACCAAUAUUAAAACGAAAUGUGAUAUUAAA